GUAACGGCGAAAUCACGUGACAGUCUCCCUCGGCAACUACCGUUGAAACCCCAUUAUGUAAAUCCAAACCCGGCGCGAGACCGACGCCAGGCAACUGCUCUCAACAACACCACGACCAUCGCCACCACAAUGUCAACAGAUUCGACUCCCGUGCCGUCGGCACCUUCCUCGCGCACGACCACACCCAAUCACUUCACCAGCCACACCGAUACGCUCGAAGAUGCGCUGAAGAACCAGACCGUUGGUCUCGUACACCUCGCCGACUUUAAGAAACGUAGGACCGAGCUUGCGGAGCAGCGCGAUCGCCAGGCGGCAGAGAAGUUCCAGUCCACGAGAGGCGGGUCCGGAAACACGUCGAGAGAGGGCUCCGCCGGCCCCGAUCAAGCUGCAAAGAAGAAACGGAAGCCGGCGGUCGCAAAGGGAAAGCUGUCGUUUGGAUUUGAUGAUGACGAGGAGGGUGGGGAGUCGAGGGGGAGCAGUGAGGAGAAGGACCGGUCGAGAUCUGUUUCGAGGGGACCGGUGGAGGGCAGUGAUGAAGGCGAGGCGAUGAAGGAGGCGCCCGAGAAGAAGAGAAAGUUCAAUCCGAAGCUGAAGGCGCCGCCACCGAAGGCUCUGACGAAAAGUACGCUGUUGAGGGAGGCCCAGGAGAGGGAAAUGCUGCGGAGGGAAUUUCUUCAAUUGCAAGAUAAGAUCAAGAAUGAGGAGAUCACGAUACCAUUUGUCUUUUACGACGGCACGAACGUAGCACCACCGAACGGCGAAGGAGUCACAGUCAAGAAGGGCGAGGCAGUCUGGCUUUUCUUGGAGCGCGCUAGACGUAUGUCCGGACGACGGGAAUGGCUCCGGGUUUCCGUCGACGAUCUUUUACUAGUUCGCGGCGAGGUGAUAAUACCACACCACUACGAAUUCUACUACUUCAUCGCCAAUCGGACGGUUGGACCUCACGGGCUACUCUUCGAUUAUCCAUCGGAACUGGACACUGCGAACCCAAACCCCAAGCCAGAAUCGUCGUCGAAUUCCGCCGAAACGGCACAGGGCGGUAAAGAGGAUCCCACCAUGACCAAGGUUGUCGACAGACGGUGGUACGAGAGGAACAAACACAUAUUCCCUGCCAGCAUCUGGACGGACUUCGACCCGAAUGUGGAUUACAAGGGAAUGGUCAGGCGGGAUUUGGGUGGGAAUGCGUUCUUUUUUGGGUGAUGGGACUUUGCGAUGGGUGUACGAUAUGAAGCGUGUACUUUCGGGAUGAUAUGUGAAUCGAAGCUACAGCAUGGACAAAUACCUGCCUUAAGAUUUGCAGCACGUGUACACGAUGGUGUGCUGUUCCUCUGAGCGGGAUGCUCUAUUUACAAUGAUCUGGGCAUUCUUCAGAGACAAUAUGAGUAAUUUUUACCUAGUAA